AUGCCGACAAGCCCUGCGACUAGUUCCCAACAUGUAGACACCGUUGCCCCAAGUGAGACGUCUAAAUCAAAGACAUCACGCUCGUCGUCCACAAUUAAGGCUCAAAGGGCAGCCGUAGAGGCCCUCGCUCUGCGCCGACGUCUUGAGCACGAGCAGGAGCUCGCUGAAAAUGAGAGGCAGCGUGAGCUACAGCUGGCCGAACGCGAGAGGCAGCUCGCUGAACACGAGAGGCAGCUCGCCGAACGCGAGAGGCAGCGUGAGCUACAGCUGGCCGAACGCGAGAGGCAGCGUGAAAGUCGACUGGCAGCACUCCGUCAGCAGGUGGAGGAGGGCGAACUGCAGGCCGAACUUGCCGCUCUCGACGCGGAAGCCGCUUCAAGUCGCAGCAGUCGCAGUGGUUCGGCCAGGAUCAGCGGAGAAAGAACAGAAAGAUGGGUACAAAGUUUAGGACAGCCAGUUUGCGUUGGCGAAAAUACAGUUAUUAGAGGCAUCCCUGCAGUAGGGCGCGAGCAAGUAAUGGUUCCGCCUCCCGGCCACCAGGCAUCUCUGCCGGCCACUGGGUCAACUGCAUUCCCUAUUAACCGUUUUUUUCACCAGAAGCAACUUUCAAACGUCACGAGGCCGUCCGAGGCGGCCGUGCUAUGCGUUGGCGAAGAUACAGAUAUUGAAAAUAUUAGUAGGUUACAAAAUGCUCUUCGCGGCGCGGCCCGAGAUGCAGUCGGGUCACUGUUGCUGGCUACAGAGGACCCAAACGAUAUAAUUAGAGCUCUGGAGGAGAACUUCGCUCGCCCUGAAAUUAUAGUAUUUAAGGAAGUCUCCGCUCUAAAAAAUUUACCACGUUUGGGAAAUUACUUAAAAGAAUUAAUUACGAUAACGAAUAAGGGUCGUAUUGCUCUCACUGCUGAUAUCCGGGAAAUGUUCCCUCAAGUAAGGGUCAGGGAGCAAGAUAGGGACGCCCUCCGGUAUCUCUGGAGGUCAAGCAGAGACCAACCAAUAAAGGAGUUUAGGAUGACAGCCGUCAUUUUCGGUGCGUGCUGCAGUCCAUUUAUAGCACAAUUUAUUAAAAAUAAAAACGCUAGUGAGCACGAAAGUUUAUUUCCUAAGGCAGCUCAUGCUAUUUUGUACAAUCAUUAUAUGGACGAUUAUAUUGACUCUCUCGAUGACGUUCAAGAGGCAGCACAACUGGCGGCAGAUAUUGUUACCGUACACAACGAUGCCUGUUUCGAAAUACGGGGCUGGAUUUCCAACGACUCAUCAGCGCUGAAAUUUAUUCCUGCUGAUCUUAGGGCCACUCAACCGUCGUCGGAAAUCAAUGUUGGCAGCUGCUCUGCAAAUAAUAUUAGAGCAUUAGGAGUAUUGUGGAAUCCCACAACAGAUAAUUUAGGGUUCCGUUCAGGCUUAGGUGAAACAUUUCCGAACCCUCUCACAAAACGCAAAGUUCUUUGUCACCUCAUGCGUGUGUACGACCCGUUAGGCUUAUUAGCUCCAAUAGUCGUAAAGGGUCGAAUAUUAUUCCAACAAACGUGGAGGUCUAAUGUCGACUGGGACACCGAGUUCCAACCCACGGAAGCAUUAAGGUGGUCUGAUUGGUUUCAGGAGUUGUCAAAAGUAACAUCUUUGGAAAUUCCACGUUGGUAUUCUAACUUUAAAAACUCGGAACCAACUCAAAGGGAGUUACACGUUUUUGCUGAUGCAAGUGAGCUCGCGUACGCAUGUGUCGCUUAUUGGCGUCUUUUGUUCUCAGACGGCAGCAUCGAGCUUUCUCUCAUCUCUAGUAAGGCAAGAGUUACACCCUUGAAACCUACCUCUAUCCCACGUUUAGAGCUCCAGGCCGCUUUAAUAGCUUCUCGUCUCGCGGUCACCAUUAAGGACAGUCAUAGAAAACAACCGACACAUACCUUCUUUUGGACUGAUUCUAUGACAGUCCUUCAGUGGUUACGUAGUGACGCGCGCUCUUUUAAGCCUUUUGUUGCCCAUCGUUUAGGCGAAAUUAUUGAAAACUCUUGCGUCAGAGACUGGCGAUGGGUACCAACAGACUUAAAUGUUGCUGAUGACGCUACCAGAACGCGAUCAAUUAACCUCGACGCGUCCCACAGAUGGUUUCGCGGACCAUCUUUUCUAUUUAAAUCCUUUGAGGACUGGCCUACAGAGCCGAGGUAUGCCUCACCAAAUACCGAUGAACUCAAGACCAAUAGUUUUGAGUUGGUCGGACUAACUUCCUUUGUCGAAGAGUUACCGACACCUGUCACAGCUAUUUUUGCCAAUUUUAGUAAUUGGCAGCGCUUAUUACGUGCCACAGCCCGGGUACUUCAAGCUGCGGCAAAGUUUGGUGUAAUUUUGGCUUCCUUUAGAAAUUCUAAAUUGAAAGGCGAUGUUGUUUGUGCCCGCCAUCCUUCAGCGUCCACUACCCUACCGCCUCUUAGUGCAGAUUUAAUAAAGGCCGCUGAAAGGCAAAUUCUGCAACGAACACAGCUCGAGAGCUUUUCCAUAGAAUUUCUUCAUGUCCUGAAUUCGAACCCUAUUCCUCCGAACAGUCGUCUUAGAAAACUGUCACCCGCUUUGGGAGAGGACAAAUUACUACGGUUAGCCGGAAGAAUUAAAGCCGCAGAAGGCAUUGAUCCUGACACACGCUUUCCCAUCCUUCUUGACGGUCGUCACCCAAUUGUACGUUUAUUGGUACAGUUUUAUCAUCGAAAAGCGGGUCAUGCAAAUUAUGAACUAGUCGUGAACGAAUUAAGACAAAAAUACUGGUUGUUAGGGCUGAGGAACACAGUGAGAACAGUAGCUAAAGAGUGUCUACUCUGCAGAAUUAGAAAGACCUUGCCGGUAAACCCGCAAACAGGAGAUCUGCCACCUGAAAGAUUAGCUCACCAUCGACGGCCCUUUACUUUUACGGGCCUGGACUACUUCGGCCCCAUAAGCGUCACUAUCGGGCGCCGGCAUGAAAAACGUUAUGUGGCUCUUUUCACCUGUUUAACUGUCAGAGCCCUUCACCUGGAGAUGGUACAUAGUCUAUCAACUGACUCUGCCAUCAUGGCUAUUAGAAGGUUCAUUGCAAGACGGGGCUCUCCAAAUACUAUUUUUACGGACAACGGAACCUGCUUUGUUGGUGCCAAUCGCAUUCUCAGAGAGUUCUACGGUGUAAAUGUCGAAGAUUUCAUGAGCACUCAAGGAAUACGCUGGAAGUUCACCCCACCAGCAGCACCUAAUUUUGGAGGAUGUUGGGAGCGCUUGGUGCGAUCAGUUAAAGUAGCUCUGAACGCAACAUUAACCGAACGAGCUCCAAAAGAAGAAACCCUAAGCAGUUUACUAGCCGAGGCAGAAGCCAUUGUCAAUUCACGUCCAUUAACUCAUGUAUCUACAGAUCCUGACGACCCGACAACACUCACACCAUUUCAUUUCUUAAUCGGUUCUUCGUCCAUGCAGACCCUACCUACUGCCUUGAAUGAUCACGAUUUGGUCAGCCGUUCUGAAUGGAGGAAAGCAUUGAGGCUAGCGGAUCAUUUUUGGUCACGUUGGAUGCGCGAGGUUCUCCCGACACUACAACCACGUGAGCAGCCAAGAGGCAACCGCAGUUCAACAGCUCUUCAAGAGGGUGACAUAGUGAUCAUAGCUGAUUCUAACUUACCCCGUGGGACAUGGCCACGAGGCCGUGUCGCGAAAACGUACCGUGGGAAAGAUCAGGUGAUAAGGGUAGUGGACGUAACAACAGCAGGGGGUAUGCUACGCCGACCCGUACGAAAGCUGGUUAGGCUCUCCACCUAA